AUGCGACAUUUGAAGAAUUAUCCCAGACAAGGCGUCUACAUCUACUACAUAAUGUUAUUGGACUUGACAAAUGGCAUUUUCGGGUCUCCCAGUCAGCUAAUAAGAGAAUUAGAUGAUAAAUCCCUGAACAAGCAGUUGCUGCACAAUCGGCUGAAGAGAAGUUGGGUAUGGAACCAGUUCUUUGUUUUGGAGGAGUACACGGGAACAGAUCCUCUCUAUGUUGGAAAGCUUCAUUCAGAUAUGGAUGAAGGAGAUGGCUCAAUAAAAUACAUACUCACUGGUGAUGGGGCAGGAAUCACGUUCACGAUUGAUGACACAACAGGUGACAUCCACGCCAUACAAAGACUGGAUAGAGAAGAACGAGCCCAGUAUACCCUCAGAGCCCAGGCUUUGGAUAGAAGGUCUAAUAGACCUAUGGAACCAGAGUCUGAAUUUAUCAUUAAAAUACAAGACAUAAAUGACAAUGAGCCCAAGUUCCUGGAUGGACCUUACACAGCUUCUGUACCAGAGAUGUCACCAGUUGGUACCUCUAUUAUCCAGGUGUCAGCAACAGAUGCAGACGAUCCUACUUAUGGAAGCAGUGCAAAGGUUGUAUACAGUAUUGUGCAAGGACAGCCAUAUUUUUCCGUGGACUCCAAAACAGGCAUAAUUAGAACAGCUUUAACAAACAUGGACCGAGAAGCAAAAGAGUAUUACGAAGUGAUUAUCCAGGCCAAAGACAUGGGUGGACAGCUGGGGGGAUUAGCUGGAACGACCACGGUUAAUAUCACUCUCAGUGAUGUGAAUGACAAUCCACCCAGAUUUCCUCAAAAACACUACCAAAUGACCGUUUUAGAAUCAUCACCUGUAAACUCAACUGUUGGUAGAGUUCUGGCAAUGGACUUAGAUGAAGGAGUCAAUGCAGAAAUGAAAUACACCAUUAUAGAUGGAGAUGGACCUGAGAUGUUUGAUGUUUCAACAGACCCAAUAUACCAGGUUGGAGUAAUCACAGUUAAAAAGCCAUUGGACUUUGAAAGCAAAAAAAGCUACAUCCUGAAAAUUGAAGGUUCAAACCCACACAUUGAAGUACGUUUUUCUAACCUGGGUCCAUUCCGCGACACCACAACCCUGCACAUUAGUGUUGAAGAUGUGGAUGAGCCUCCUGUGUUUGAAUCUAGUCAUUAUUUUGUGGAAGUCUCAGAAAAUGUAGAUAUUGGUACAACAAUACAGAUUGUUUCUGCCAGGGAUCCAGACGCAACUAAUAACUCAGUCAGGUAUUCUAUUGACAGGAACAGUGAUCCUGGAAGAUAUUUCUAUGUUGAUAUUACCACAGGAGCACUGAUGACAGCAAGGCCUUUAGAUAGGGAAGACGUGGCUUGGCAUAAUCUCACACUCUUAGCAAUGGAGAUGAAUAACGCCGCACAGGUUGGAAGUGUUCCUGUCACCAUAAAAAUCCUCGAUGUUAAUGACAAUGCUCCAGUCUUCACCAAAUUUUUUGAGACAUUCAUGUGUGAAAAUGCAAAGGCUGGACAGCUGAUUCAGACAGUGAGUGCGAUAGAUCACGAUGAUCCUCCAGAGGGUCAACAUAUAUACUAUAGCCUGGCUCCUGAAGCUGCUAAUAAUCCAAAUUUCACAUUACGGGAUAAUCAAGAUAACACAGCCUGGAUCUUGGCCCGAAAAUCUGGCUUCAAACAAGCUGAGCAGAACAUCUUUUACAUCCCAAUCCUAAUAGCAGACAAUGGGCAACCGAUACUGAGCAGUACUGGUACUCUGACGAUACAAGUCUGCAGUUGUAAUGAAGAAGGUGAUAUAAUGUCCUGUAGUGCAGAACCAUACACCUUACCCAUAAGCCUCAGCAGGGGUGCACUGAUUGCUAUCCUUGCCUGCAUUUUUGUAUUAUUAGUAUUAGUCCUGCUUAUUUUAUCCAUGAGAAGACAAAGAAAGCAGCCAUACACUAUUGAUGAGGAGGACAAUGUUCAUGAGAACAUUGUCAGAUAUGAUGAUGAAGGAGGGGGAGAAGAAGACACUGAAGCAUUUGAUAUUGCAACCCUAUGGAGUUCAAGGGAGGCACAUGUUGGAAAAAGUAGACAGGACAUGCAGCCAGAGAUUGAGAGCCUGUCCCGUUAUGUGCCUCAGACGUGUGUCAUGGACAAUAAUGUACACAGCUACAUGUUGGCUAAGCUCUUUGAAGCGGAUACAGAUGUUUGUGCACCUCCAUUUGACUCUCUUCAAACAUACAUGUUUGAAGGAGACGGAUCAGUGGCUCAGUCUUUAAGCUCAUUACAGUCAUUCAGUACAGACUCCGAGCAGAGCUAUGACUACCUUAAUGACUGGGGACCUCGGUUUAAAAAGCUUGCUGAGAUGUAUGGUGCCAAGGAUAGCAAUGCAUCAUUGUGA